AGAUCCUGGAUGUUGAUGAUAUAAAGCAUGGGGUUUACAGCAUUCACUUGCUGCUAAAAGUCUUAGCAAAAGGCUUCGAAAGGCUGGAGCAGUGAAAGGGCCAAAUCAAAUUCACGUCUGGACCCGGGACAUUGUCAACCACUUUUGGUACUGCAGCAAACAGGCCUCCACAGAGGAGGAAUUCAAGUUGAUGUGGGUUGGUGUGAUGGAUCAUGUCUGCAACGAACAUUUUUGGGCAACAGGUUGCUGUCAGCAUGAGCCGCUGGAGGAAGGCAGCCAAGACAAGCCUUGGAUGGAGCAAGGUUCAGCAGCUCACCGGGCCCUGGCUGCAAUUGUGUUCGAUAAGAGAUGGCUGAACCAGGUGAAGAAGUUCAUAAGCUUCAGGACGACGUCGGAUUUGGAGAGUUUCCAAAAUCACAUUCUGCUCUACGCAUCUAAGCGCAUGUCGUGCACCCCAUUUAUCUACAAGACCAGGACACUGCUGGCUGCAAUUGAUUAUAAUCUGCACAACCAACGCAUGCCAGCACGUAACAAGGAUGGCCACAAAAUGUACAAAAGAGCGUACAAUAAAAAAAAAGUCAAGGAGAAAAAGGAUUACAAGUACAUCCCUGACCUCCAGAAGGCCAUUCUUGGUAGGAGGCUGAAAAGUGGGACCAGCCUUCCCCACAAAACCACUAUAAGGGCAGACGAUCCAAGGCGACUUGGUUUGCUUCCCUCUGCACAGCCACCACCACCCACGUCAGAGCUCGUUCAAAAACGUGUGUCACGAGGGGACACUGCACCCACAAACCCACAAGAGGAUUGA